AAAAGUUUGCAAAGAAGAUGCAGAAGAAGAAAUGGGACAGGUUUGAGGGUUAUGGAAUACAGUCGGAAAUGGCCUUAGAGACAGUUUCACAGCUCAAGGGAAUACUAAGGAGAGGAAGUAAGGGUGGGCAUCAAUCUGGAGAUGCUGAUUAAACUUCAUUAGACUUUGAAAACAAUGUUAAUUGGAUUUGCAUUUUUUUGUUUAAAUGUGUAUCCUUUGCAUUUUAAGAAAUAUGACUUGUGAAG